AUGCUCCGCUGCCUGCUCCAAAGAGCUUCCCAACUUCCCAACCUGGAAAAACGGGAUAAACAAAGCGAUCCCGUGGCCAGCCUGACAUUCCGAGGUGUCAAGAAGAGGACAAAGGUCAUCAAGAACAACGUGAAUCCUGUCUGGAAUGAGGGAUUUGAGUGGGAUCUGAAGGGAAUCCCCCUGGAUCCCGAUGCCGAGCUCACCGUGGUGGUCAAGGACCAUGAAACUGUGGGAAGAAACAGGUGGGAAAAAUUCCGGAGCCGGACACGGCCCCUUCUCCCUUUUCCCAUUCCCGGGAUUCAUCCGGCUCUUCCCAGACUCCGCGGAUUCCCUCCGUGGGAUGAUGGCCGGGUUCCCCCGCGGAUUGGGGGCUCCUGCUGGAUCCGGGUGAGGGUCAUCGAGGCCCGGCAGCUUCCCGGGAUCCAGAUCCGGCCGGUGGUGAAGGUGACGGUGGCUGGACAAACCCGGAGAACGCGGAUCCGGAAAGGGAACAGCCCCUUCUUUGAUGAGACUUUUUUCUUCAACGUCUUUGAAUCCCCGUUGGAGCUGUUCGAUGCUCCCAUUUUCCUCACGGUCGUGGAUUCUCGAUCGUUCCGCACGGAUUCGGUGAUCGGGGAAUUCCGGAUGGAUGUGGAGACCAUUUACUCCGAGCCAAAACACGCUUUCCGCAGGAAGUGGCUGCUCCUCUCGGAUCCGGAGGAUUUUUCCGCGGGAGCCAAGGGCUACCUGAAGGUCAGCGCCUGCGUGCUGGGGCCUGGAGACGAAGCUCCCCUGGAGAAGAAGGAGGUGGCUGAGGACAAGGAGGACAUCGAGGCCAAUCUGCUGCGCCCCACCGGGGUCACCCUCAGGGGGGCCCAGUUCUGCCUCAAGAUCUUCAAAGCCGAGGAUUUGCCCCAGAUGGAUGACGCCGUCAUGGACAACGUCCGGCAGAUCUUCGGCUUCGAGAGCAACAAGAAGAACCUGGUGGAUCCCUUUGUGGAAGUCAGCUUUGCCGGGAAAACGCUCUACUCCCGGAUCCUGGAGAAGAACGCCAACCCCCAGUGGAACCAGUGCCUGACGCUGCCGGCCAUGUUCCCUUCCAUGUGCGAGCGGAUGAGGAUCCGUGUGACCGACUGGGACCGUCUGACGCACAAUGACGUCAUCGGCACCGCUUUCCUCGGAAUGUCCAAGAUUUCGGCCCCUGGCGGGGAGCUGGAGGAUGAGUUUCCUGCUCCUGUGAAGCCUCUGAAACCCUCGGAUCUGGAUGACGGGCUGGGAUUCCUUCCGACCUUUGGACCCUGCUACAUCAACCUGUACGGCAGCCCCCGGGAAUUCACCGGAUUUCCCGAUCCCUACGAGACGCUCAAUCUGGGAAAGGGCGAGGGGGUCGCGUAUCGGGGCCGGAUCCUGGUGGAGCUGGAGACCAAACUGGUGGAGCACAUGGAGCAGAAGGUGGAGGAGAUUCCUGCCGAUGACAUCCUGAGGGUGGAGAAAUACCUGCGCCGACGGAAAUAUUCCCUCUUCGCCGCCUUCUACUCGGCCACGAUGCUCCAGGGCGUGGACGGCGCCGUCCAGUUCGAGGUCAGCAUCGGGAAUUACGGCAACAAGUUCGACACCACCUGCCUGCCCCUGGCCUCCACCACCCAGUACAGCCGGGCCGUCUUCGAUGGCUGUCACUACUACUACCUGCCCUGGGGGAACGUGAAGCCGGUGGUGGUGCUGUCCUCCUACUGGGAGGACAUCGGCCACCGCAUGGACGCCCAGAACCUCCUGCUCCACGGAGCCGAGCGGCUGGAAGCAAACCUGGAGAAGGUCCACGUGGCUCUGAAAUCCAACCGCUCUCCGAUCGAGCUGGAGGCCCUGGGAUCCCAACUGCUCGAGGACGUCAUCGCCGACUGCAGCCUGAAGCUUCCCGAUGUCCUGGGGAAGGCGUCCAGCACCCACCUGGAUCAGAGCCUGUUCCGCUUCCGGAGCGCCCACCUGGAGCAGAUCCUGAAGGUGGCCCUGAGGCUCAAGCACGACAAUUCCGACCUUUCCCAAAUCCUGGAUCAGGCGGAGGAUUGGCUGUGCCGGCUCCGGGCCAUGGCGGAGGAGCCCCAGAACAGCCUCCCGGACAUCAUCAUCUGGAUGCUCCAGGGGGACAAGCGCGUGGCUUUCGCCCGCAUCCCGGCCCACCAGGUCCUGUAUUCCCGGAACAUCUCCAACUGCUGCGGCCGGAACUGUGGGAAGCUCCAGACCAUCUUCCUCAAGUAUCCGCAGGAAGAGGUGAUGGGGCCGCGGAUCCCGGCGCAGAUCCGCGUGCGGCUCUGGUUUGGAUUGGCCGUGGAUGAGAAGGAAUUCAACCAAUUCGCCGAGGGAAAACUCUCCGUCUUCGCCGAAACCUAUGAGAACCAGACCAAGCUGGCGCUGGUGGGGAACUGGGGCACCACCGGCCUCACUUAUCCCAAAUAUUCCGACGUCACCGGCCGGAUCAAGCUUCCCAAGGACAGCUUCCGGCCUUCCGCAGGAUGGACCUGGGCUGGGGAUUGGUUCAUCUGCCCGGAAAAGACGUUGUUGCACGACGUGGACGCCGGACACCUGAGCUUCGUGGAGGAAGUGUUUGAGAACCAGGUCCGGCUUCCCGGAGGGCAGUGGAUCCACAUGACCGACUCCUACACGGAUGUGAACGGGGAAAAGGUCCUGCCCAAGGAUGAGAUCGAGUGUCCUCCAGGCUGGAAGUGGGAAGAUGUGGAAUGGGACACGGAUCUCAACAGGGCUGUGGAUGAGAAAGGCUGGGAAUACGGGAUCACGAUCCCGCCGGAGCGCAAGCCCAAGGCCUGGGUGCCGGCGGAGAAGAUGUUCCACACCCACCGGCGCCGGCGCUGGGUGCGGCUCCGCCGGCGCGACCUGGAGCACAUGGAAGCCAUGAGAAAGCACAAGCAGGAGGAGCUGGAUGGGGAUGGUUGGGAAUACGCUUCCCUCUUUGGCUGGCGCUUCCACCUCCAGCAGCGCCGCUCCGACUCCUUCCGCCGGCGCCGCUGGAGACGCCGGAUGGAGCCUCUGGAACGCACCGGCCCCGCUGCCGUCUUCGCCUUGGAAGGGGCUCUGGGGGGAGUGACGGAUGACAAGAGCGACGACGGAAAAUCCGACGGAAAAUCCGCAUCCACCCUGAGUUUUGGAGUCAACAGGCCCACGAUCUCCUGCAUUUUUGACUCCGGGAACAGAUUCCACCUGCGCUGUUACCUGUACCAGGCGCGGGAUCUCAUGGCCAUGGACAAGGACAGCUUCUCCGAUCCCUACGCCAUCGUGUCCUUCCUGCACCAGAGCCAGAAGACGGUGGUGGAGAAGAACACCCUGAAUCCCACCUGGGAUCAGACCCUGAUCUUCUACGAGAUCGAGAUUUUCGGGAAUCCUCGGGAUGUGGCCGAGUCCCCUCCCAACAUCCUGGUGGAAAUCUACGAUCACGACACCUAUGGCGCGGAUGAAUUCAUGGGACGCUGCAUCUGCCGGCCCAGCCUGGAGCGCUCGCCCCGCCUUUCCUGGUAUCCUGUCCUCAAAUCCGGCCGGAAUGUCGGGGAGCUCCUGGCUGCCUUCGAGCUGAUCCAGAGGGAAAAGCCGGCUGUUCAUCACAUCCCUGGAUUUGAGAGUGAGCUCUCCUCCAGCCUGGAUGAGUCCGCGGAUUCCGACCUUCCCUACCCGCCGCCGCAGCGGGAGCCCAACGUGUACAUGGUCCCGCAGGGAAUCAAACCCGUCCUGCAGCGCACGGCCGUCGAGAUCCUGGCCUGGGGGCUGAGGAACCUCAAGAGCUUCCAGCUGGCCAGCGUGACCUCGCCCAGCCUGCUGGUGGAGUGCGGGGGGCAGCGCGUCCAGUCUGGCGUCAUCAAGAACGUCAAGAAGAACCCCAACUUCGACGUCUGCGUGCUCUUCAUGGAAGUGCGUCUGCCCAAGGAGAGCCUCUACAGCCCCCCCAUCAUCCUGAAGAUCAUCGACAACCGCCCCUUUGGCCGGAGACCCGUGGUGGGACAGUGCACGGUCCGCUCCCUCCAGGAAUUCUACUGGGAUCCCUCCCAGCAGGACACGGGGGCACCCCAAGAGCAGCCAGAUGACGUCAGCCUGACGCCCAGGGACGACGUCCUCAUCGACAUCGAUGACAAGGAGCCCCUGAUCCCCAUCCAGCUUCCUGAGGGUUUGACGAGCUCAGCACUAAUUAACAUCCCGGAUUCCCGGGCCCUGCCUCAUAGGAAUCUGUGGGAGGAGGAAUUCAUCGACUGGUGGAGCAAAUUUUACGCUUCCACGGGAGAGAGGGAAAAAUGUGGAUAUUACUUGGAAAAGGGAUUUGACACCUUGAAGGUCUACGACACGGAGCUGGAAAACAUUGAGGAAUUUGAGCAUCUCUCUGACUUCUGCCACACCUUCAAACUGUUCCGGGGGAGAUCCCAGGAUUCCAACGAUGACCCCUCGGUGGUGGGGGAGUUCAAGGGUUCUUUCAGGAUUUACCCCCUUCCCGACGAUCCGCGUGUCCCGGUGCCUCCCCGGCAAUUCCAGCAGCUCCCGGCCAGGGGACUCCAGGAAUGUCUGGUCCGGGUUUACAUCAUCCGCGCCUUCGACCUCCAGCCCAAGGAUUCCAAUGGGAAGUGUGAUCCCUACGUGAAGAUCUCCGUGGGGAAGAAAUCCAUAAAUGACCAGGAAAAUUACCUUCCCUGCACUCUGGAGCCUGUCUUUGGGAAGAUGUUUGAGCUGAGCUGCACCCUGCCCCUGGAGAAGGACCUCAAGGUCGCCCUCUACGACUACGACCUCCUGUCCAAGGAUGAGAAGAUCGGCGAGACCGUCAUCGAUCUGGAGAAUCGCUUCCUGUCCAAAUACGGGGCUCGCUGUGGCCUCCCCCAGACCUACUGCGUCUCCGGCCCCAACCAGUGGCGAGACCAACUCCGCCCUUCCCAGCUGCUCCACCUCUUCUCCCUGCAGCACAACUACAAAGCUCCCACCUACAAAUCCGACCGGAUCAUCUUCCGGGAUCAGGAGUACGUCCUCUCCGAGCUGGAAGAUGGAAAACCCCCGAAUCCGCACCUGGGGCCGGUGGAGGAGCGGCUCGCCCUGGCCGCCCUCCGGAAGCAGGGAUUGAUCCCGGAGCAUGUGGAGACCCGGCGCCUCUACAGCCCGCUCCAGCCGGACAUCGAGCAGGGAAAGCUCCAGAUGUGGGUGGAUCUGUUUCCCAAAUCCCUGGGACAUCCCGGCCCCCCCUUCAACGUCACUCCACGCAAAGCCAAGAGGUUCUACCUGCGCUGCAUCAUCUGGAACACCAAGGAUGUGAUCCUGGAUGACCUCAGCAUCACCGGGGAGAAGAUGAGUGACAUCUACGUCAAAGGGUGGCUGGUGGGACAUGAGGAGAACAAGCAGAAGACAGAUGUCCACUACAGAUCCAUGGGAGGGGAAGGGAAUUUCAACUGGAGAUUCAUCUUUCCCUUCGAUUAUCUCCCAGCGGAGCAGAUGUGCCACGUGGCCAAGAAGGAACACUUCUGGAGCUUGGACAAGACGGAAAACAAGAUCCCGCCCCAGCUGAUCUUCCAGAUCUGGGACAACGACAAGUUCUCCUUCGACGACUAUUUGGGUUCCAUCCAGAUGGAUCUCAACAGGAUGCCCAAGCCUGCCAAGACGGCAGAAAAGUGUUCCUUGGAUCUUGUGGAUGAUUCCCUGUCCUCCAGCCGCUUUGUGUCCCUCUUUGAGCAGAAAACCGUCAAGGGCUGGUGGCCCUGCGUGGCCGAGCAGAACCAGCAGAAGAUCCUGGCGGGAAAACUGGAGAUGACUUUGGAAAUCGUGGCAGAACAGGAGCAUGAGGAGCGUCCGGCCGGGAUGGGACGGGAUGAGCCAAACAUGAACCCCAGGCUGGAGGAUCCCAAGCGUCCCGAGACCUCCUUCCUGUGGUUCACGUCCCCGUACAAGACCCUGAAGUUCAUCCUGUGGCGCCGCUACAAGUGGGUGCUGAUCCUGGCCAUCCUCCUCUUCAUCCUGCUGCUUUUCCUGGGAAUCUUCGUCUACGCCUUCCCGAACUACGCUGCUAUGAAACUGGUGAAACCAUUCAACUGAAGCUGCUCCCUUGCCUGCCUGGGAACUUUGGGAAGGAAUUUUGGAAGUGGAGAAGGAACAACCUCAUCCAGGCCUCCAGCUGCUGCCAAAGACUCCGCUUCCCUUUGGAAUUCCACCCGGGAAGCGUCACCUAACCAAAGCCUGCACCAAAAUAUUCCUGGUUUUCCAGC